GUGAAGACUUUAGGGCUGCGCUCAAACCGCUCUCCGCAGGGGGGCGCGCCCUCUUCCUCGUAGCUUCUCUCUCGAUCCCAGCUUCCGAUCUCUUGGGGGAAGAUGGAGACGCCCGAAGAAGCCCAAGGAAGCGCUUCGAAAGAAGAACCCCAGGAAACCCUCGAAGAGAUGCUAUCGAGACACCGGAAAGAGAUCAUCAAGAUCGAUGACAAAGAGAUGAGCCUUAAAAAAGCUGCAGCAAAAGGAAGCAAAGCUGAACAGAAAGCCAAGAAGAAGCAGGUAGAAGAUGAGAUGUCUCAACUUCGAUCCCAACUAAAAGCUAAACACAAACAAGAACUUGCAUCGUUGGGCUCUAAAGCAAUUGGAAGCACAGAAAAAGAUAAUCUAGACGUUUUCGUGAAGGCCAUUGUUGGCGUUAACAUCACAGGUCAUAGUCAAUCAGCAAAGCCCAGCAAAGGAGCUAGGAGGAGAGAAAGAAGAGCUCAGGAAGAAGCAGCAAGAGAGCACAGGAUACAGGAAGAGCAGAGUAACAUCAUUAGUGAUCGUGUGAUUGAAAAUGAGAGGCUGGAGAGGAAGUUGGAUCCCCUUGGACUAAGAAUUAAUGAAAUAAAGCCAGAUGGUCAUUGUCUUUAUCGAGCUGUUGAGGACCAGCUCUCACUUUCUUCCAACAAUACAUCACCUUACAGUUUUCAGGAGCUCAGGAAAAUGGCUGCCAAUUACAUGAGACACCAUGCAUCCGAUUUUCUUCCAUUUUUCUUAUCAGAGAGUAACAUCGAAGUCGAUGCAGAUAACUCUCCCUUGGAAAUAUUUGAGAAGUACUGCAAGGAGGUUGAAUCCACAGCAGUUUGGGGUGGACAACUUGAGCUAGGUGCUCUUACACAUUGCCUCAAGAAACAUAUUGUUAUAUAUUCAGGUUCAUUCCCUGAUGUGGAGAUGGGGAAAGAAUACAAGUCUGAAACAAGUAGCAAUUUGAGCAAUCCAACCAUCCUGUUAUCAUAUCAUCGGCAUGCUUAUGGCCUUGGUGAGCACUACAAUUCAGUGGUUCCCAAUGCCAUGAGGUAACUCUAUGUUCUCCUUUUGUGCAAUAUAUUUAUGACUAUGAUUCAUUCUCGAUGUACAAAGACGACGAAUCAUAAUCUUUUGACAGAAUCAGAUGAUUAGUUGUUUCUCAUUGUUGAACAUGAGAGGUGAUCUUUUGUCCGGGAGUUGUUUGACCUUCAAUAAUAGUGGAACUGUGAAGAAACAAAGGAUCAUAUAAGUCGUGCACAAUGUGGUUGUUUUUGCUUAUGAAUUUAUCUGUUUGAUUGCGUGGAUUUA